CCCCGUGGGGUCUCCCUUCCGGAGGUCGGAGGUGCCAGCGGAGGGCACCCCGCUGGCCAGCAAGAGGUGGAGGAAAAAGAGGAAGAACAUGGCACCGGGAUCAGAUGGGCUGUCGGAAAUGGGCACAGGUGGGCACCGAAAGCAAGCAAGCCUUCUGAAUGGGGAUGCGAUGGGACGCUGGGAAGACACUUUUAUCUGUCUCUCCUCCAGGCCUGAGGUGACCUUGGCAUUUUUCAAACUCCUCAUCCCACGAGGACAGGAACUGCCGAAGGAGAGUCGGGUGCCAGCUCUUCGGUCCACCCCAGGGGGGCAAAGCCAGGCAUUCUCGCCACCCCUUGGGACCUUCCCUCCCUCCCUCCCUCUCUCUCUCUAUCUCCUUCCCUCCCUCCUUUCGUCCAUCCCUCCAAACAGUGGAACGACCAAAAUCAGGAUUUUGGCAUCACGGAUUUGCCAGGUUCUCAAAUGGGAGCGGUUGGAUUUGGAGAUGGAGAUGACUGGGAGGUUCCAGGAGUUUAUGGUGAAGUUUUCCAAAACCUACAAUAGCCAAGAAGAAAUGAUUUACCGCUUUAAGGUCUUUGCCCAGAACAUGGAAACCAGCCGAAUCUUGCAGGACACCGAGCUGGGGACGGCACAAUACGGGAUCACCCCUUUCAGCGACCUGACAGAAAGCGAGUUCGCUAAGAAUAUUUGCACCCCGGCUUUGCGGCCUGGGCCGUUUGGGCCGACGGAGCCGCGCCGCAGCUUCGCGACGGCACCCCGAUUCUGCGACUGGAGAAAAAAGGCCUUGUCUCCCGUGAAGAACCAGGGAGAGUGCUGCUCCUGCUGGGCUUUUGCAGCCGUCUCCAACAUAGAGGCACUGUGGAAGAUUCACCGAAAUGUGAAUUGCAGCCUCUCGGUGCAAGAACUCGUCGACUGCACCUACCCUUCCAGAGGAGGCUGUGAAGGGGGCUACGUCUGGGAUGCGUUGCACUAUGUCUUCAACAAAAGUGGAUUAUCAUCAAGCAGGCUUUACCCCUACGUGGAGAAAGACCAGCGCUGCCAGAAACACAAGGGGCGAAAACUAACCAAGAUUGAUGGUUACAGCGUACUUCCAAGAGACGAGAGGUAUAUUGCUAAUUUUGUGGCCACCCAAGGUCCUGUGACAGCUUUGAUGAACAUAAAAAUCCUUAAGCAUUACAAAACAGGCAUCAUCCAGAGGUCUGAGGGGAGCUGUGACCCCAACUGGCUUGACCACGUAGUCCUGAUAGUUGGCUUCGGUGAAGGCAAAAUCCGACGUGGUACCUGGAGUGGAUCAUACUGGAUUAUCCAGAACUCGUGGGGGAAAAAGUGGGGAGAACAGGGCUAUUUCCGGAUGGAGAGGGAUUCAAACACCUGUGGGAUUGCCCAGUAUGUCACAACAGCUAUCCUCAAAGACUUGGGAGGAAAGAAACCGGCUGUCUGUCCUAGAUGAUGGUAUGCGUGCAUCUGUCUGUCUUCAAGACAACCGCUUUGGAGCACUCAGUGCCAUUAAUUUUCAAGCUUUUGCAACCUGGCGCCCUCCAGGGCCUGCCUGCAGCUUUUGAUUUUUUUCCUCCCGAGUUAUUCUUGGGUUUCUUUAAAACGCAGGGUUUCCUCGAUUUUUUUUUCUUCUUCUUAAUUUUAAGAGCAACCGAUGAGGUCUGUGACUUUUUUUUUUUUUUGUAAGAAUUGCCAAGUGCAACUGUAGGAUGUUGAUGGACCGAAUCGCCCAAUUUUGGUGCAAAAUCUUUCCGUAGAAAAACCCAGCUGUUUUCUCUCUCUGUGUAUAUGCGGGCAUGCAGGCGUGCGGAUAUGGGGGGGGAAAAGGAAUAUCUGAAUGGAAACGGAAUCAAACGCAUGGACAGAAUGUCUAAUAUCAAAAGAACGAACGCAGGUUGUGAAAAUACAGUGAGCGCCGCUGGUAAUCUUCGUACGGAACGAAUAAAAAAAGGGAUUCUCAUCAAAACAGACUUUGUUUUUUUCCUCCCCGCACCCAAUUCUGGAAUCAAAACCGUCUUUCGUUAUGUAUUAGCUAUAUAUUAAAAAAAAAAAAAAAUCCUCCUCUUCACAUUUGUUCCUCUCU